AUGGCUGGGGCUUGGUUGGAAGACGGAGAGGAGAAGGUGAAGUCAUGGCUGAAAGGAAGAGGACCAGUUUCCGGUGUGUUCAUUACCACUCUGCUGGCUGUGAUGCUGCUGCCUGCAUUCUUGUCUGCUGGACCAAUUGUGCAAAAGCCAAAAGGAGAUGCGGGAGAAAGUAUCCAAGAGAGGGCAGCUGCUGCAGAGUCAUACAGGAAGCUAAUUCGCAACCGCAGGAACAUCAGCUGGUACAAUCAGCACACUGACUUCUGGGGCUGGUACAAGUACUUCACUGACAACAGCAACCAGGAGGCAAUUCAGGAGAUGGACCGCAUCUACCUGGCCUACCUCCAGAACAAGAACCGUGCUGAGGGACGUCGCUCAUACAAGGCCUACUUGCGCCACCUGGGGGAGAUCUACAAGUCCUGUUCUGAUUCUGAUGACCCCAACUGUGUGGCUUCCCACACCAGCAGGCCUAAACCCGAGCCCCCCAAACCUGCACUUUUGAAAACCUGUGAUCCCACCAAGGACUCCUACUGCCUGUAUGCUGCUUUGGUUCAGCGCAAAAGCCCGUACCUGCCCCUGGCACUCCCGGUUGCCACCCCCGCCCCGGCACCAGUGAAGGCCCCAGCCCCUCUUUACGUCCGCUCUGCUGCUCCUGCUAAGGACCCACAGUCAGGGUAUUAUUACUACGCUCCAUCUGCAGUGCCUUUCCUUAGCAAGGAGCAGAAGGUUGAGCUGCUGCGCAUUUGCUCCUCUGAUGACGUGGAGUGUCUGCAGUACCACCUCAGAGCGGCCUACGGGUACGCACCCUCUGCCGGACCUCUACCUUCCUACGCCCACCUCGGCUGUGACCCCAAGAAAGAUCCCACCUGCAAACCCAAACUGGUGCAGAAAACCCCCUCUGGUCACUACCUGCAGUACCCCAACUGUGAUCCCCGGGAUCCCCUCUGUGCUUAUGCUGCCUCACUUGUGGCACCCCGUACCCCUAACCCCCCUGCCCCUGCUGGCCCUGGAUCCUGCAACCCUCUUUUUGAAGAAGGCUGCAACCCUCUUACCGCCACCAGAUUUGCCACUCCCCCUGAGGCAUACAGAAAUGAGGAAAAAGAGGAGGCUGCUGCCAUUCGUGUUGCCCCUCCUGCUGCUGAACAGAACAACGACCCCUAUGCCAUGUUCAGGGAUACUUAUGCUAAUGCUAACAGAGUUACUGAUCCUUACGCUAUGUAUCGCCAGGCUAGUGCCCCAGCUUCGCCUCCAGCUAAUGACCCGUAUGCCAAUCUGCGCCGAUUCAUUGCCCAAGCCCAUGUUAAUGACCCAUAUUCUCCCCGCAUGGAGGCUGCUCCAGAGUCUAACCCCAACGAUCCGUUCUCUGCAAUCCGUGAGGCGGCAGAAGCGAUGCAUCACCGCGGUUCUCCCACGCAGCAGCACCCUUUUUCCUAUCGCAAUUAUGAGGAGCCUGCCCAGGAGGAGCGCCACCCUCUGGGCCCCCCAGGUAAAACCAAGGAGGGCUAUGACUGCUACAUCGGCUACGAUCGUGAAUGCUACCCCGUGAAGCCCAAUGAGCCACGCUCUGGAGUUUACCGCCGCAUCCCCUAUCCUGCCGAGGCCUACGAGCCUCACCUGAACGCUGACGGCACCCGAAACGGGGUCCUGGAGCCUUCCAACCCACACUGCGACCCUGAACACGAUCCUGACUGCCGGCUGCGUCGCUAUGAGCCAGAGCAAACCCACACCGAGGCUCAGCCCAAGUAUUACGCAGAGGAGGACCACAGCCAGGGGGCAACAGAGAGCGAGCAGCAGCUGGAGCAGCAGGAACAGGACCAGUACGAAGCGGAGCCCUACCAGAGCGGACAGGAAGAGCCUCACAUGUCCUACCAGCCAUUCUCACAGGGUAUGCCCAGCCUCCAGGACAUACUGAGGCGCUACGGAGACCAGUACCCUGAGCAGGAUGAUCACAGAGCCUAUGCAGAUGACUACCGCAAGAAAUAAACAUGCUAACACACACAUGCUUGCAGAUGGACAUGAAUACACAGUCCCGAGCGUUCUUGUAGCUUAACCCUUGACCGCCUCAUAAAGCACGCAGUAAGUUGUACCUGAACCAGAUAUGGGACUCGAGAGAAGUCUAUGGACCCAAUGAGCGAGUACAUCCACUCAUAGCUUCCAGCUGUAGAAGCACGCUCAGAACGCCGAGGGUGUUCCAGCAAUGUUUUUAUCUCUUUAGCUGCUUUAGACCUGUUGCUUUGGCCCAUUGCUUUCCAGUUUCCACUUCCACCUCCUCAAACCACUCGAAUGUUUAAUGACUUCUCAGUGCUCAGCUUUGCUUCUGUAUCUAUGCAUCUCACGUUUUUUUGUUUGUUGCUUUUUGUCAGUGACGGAUUA